CGCAGCUUUCCCGUUCCGUUAGGCGGAGAGAGGCCGACUGGGAGAACGACGUUGAGGGAGGCUUUAUCUUCUUCUCUACGAUUUGAGCUGGUUUGCUGAGUUGGUUUCGGUUGCAACUAGACCAUCUGCCAAGGCUUUUGAGACUUUAACUUGAACUCGUUUGCAAAUUCCCAAAUAUCGGGGUUUUCUACCUCGGCGCCUACACUCCACUCGUGUUCCAACAUAGCCUUCGUUCAAAACAGAGACAUGGCAGCGCAAGCGGCUCUAAUCGCCGAUACCAUAGUGGGGAUGAAACGGGCCCUUCGCAAUGAAAAUGAUGAUACGGGACCCGAUGAUCCAAUUAUGCAACCGACGAAUAGAGGCAACAAGCUCCAGGCGAAUGCACGAUAUGUGAAAGAGGGCGCUAUGGGAUAUGUACACCCUGAGGAUCUAUAUAAACAGAAAAUUGAACAUGCCGGGUAUACACGAUAUAUUCUUCAACAUAAUCCUGUGCGCUACGACUCGGAAGGCGACGAGCUUGAUGACGACGAUGAAGACUCAGAAGCAGAUGCAGCUGUGGCGGAAGAAAAUCCAUUCUCUGAGAUCGCACUGGAACAUUUUCUAUGCCCAUUGAAGCAUCCAUCCGAACUUCCUUCUCACCCUUCGUUAUCGCAUGCAUAUACUUCCAAGGCUCUUCUACACAUGACACAGGCGAUUGAGACCAAGUUGCGCCAAGAACGGGAUUUGUUAUGGCGGGCUAGGAAUUUACAUCGGCAAUUCCUUGGUGAUGGACGUUGGGCACCGUGUGGCCUAUUCGAGACGCCCGAAGACAGGUUGAUUUUUGAACCCCAAAUAGUUGACACAGAGCACAAUUCCCCUCUAUCAGAAUAUGAGACAAACGGGGUCAAUGUCUCGGAACAAAAUGAACCUAAUAACUCGAGAGACAGUGCCCAAAAUCCACUGUCAUCUGCACCCUCUCCAAAAGAAGUCGAAUCACUACCACAUCAGAUUGACAUACCCGAAGACGCAGCUAACGACGUUGAAAUGGCAGUUGAGCCAGCUGGGGUACCAGAGAAAGAGUCUCGUGUUCUCGAUACCGAUCACGCGAAAGAGCCAAAGUUUGAAGAAGUUGAUACAGUUGUGGGCGACCUUCCGCAGCAUUCAGAAUCUCGAGACGGUGCAGCCAAAUUAAAUGGCGACAAAACAGAUAAAUCACAUGGCGAUCAGGAUUGGAUUCCAGAUACGGAUGGGGCUGUUGACAAAGAGACGAAAGAGGACGAUGGUGCUGACCCAGACCGUCAAAAUAAGGAUGUUAUGGAAGAUGAGGUAGAUGAGGUAGAUGAGGAUAUUGAGAUGGAAAUUGGAUCGUCUCCGGAACCCCCAAGGCGUAUGACGACCAGAGCUCAGACCAACGCAGGCCAACCCCAGCAAGACCCCGAAUCCGAGCAUGCUUCCCCAUCCAUUUCUAGUGAUGCACUCAGUUCACUCCCUACACCUCACCCCUUAUAUCUCGUGCCCGAAUCAGUUCGCCCAGACGUCAAUUUCGGCCUACCUCCCAAUGAGGCCGAGGAUACGCGCCGGCUUCUCUGGUCAUAUGUCCAGAAACAGGAAGAGACGGUGCGCGGUUUCGAGCACAUGCUUGAGACUCUUCUACGAGCUUGCCGGAUGAAAGAGGACGUUUUUGAAUGGUGCAAAGCGGAGGGUCAUGUUGGUGAAUUGAGUGACGGGGAAGAUUGGUAUGACCGUGAGAAGUGGGGUCUUGCUGAAGGGGAGGACCUAAAGAAGGGUGCGGACGAAGACGACAUCGAACCGGUUGAGGAAAGCCGAUCGAAUAAGAGAGGCAGGGGCCGUCGUGCCUAAUAUGGGGUCAUCCGUACUCGGUCUCCGACCCCUUUGCUCUUCUCAUCCAUAUGUGCUGCGUCGUCAUACAUAAAUUUCAUAGCGUGGAGUUGGCGGGUAUUUAACUCUCGGGCCUUGUUUUGGCUAAGACGUGGGUGGCUGUCAUGUCAAAUGGUUUAUACCCUCUCCGGGCCUUCACUCGGAUGGCCUUUAUACAUACCGCUUACAUGUCAGACAUUCGUGGAAAUGACUUAUUCGGCGUUUUUGGGAUAUUUAACAAUAAUAUACGUGAUACUCGUACCAUGCGGC